CCCAGGAGACCCCUUCUAACUUGCUCUGUUUCUAUGUUUCUAACUCCUGCACCACCAUAUAUACAGUUUGCUAAGUGCCUCAUAUUAACAGUGUUGGGUUUUUUUUUUUUAAUUCGUCGUACGGAAAAGCCUUCAAAUAAUGUAUGAAUGGGCAUGAUUACUCAUGAUUUUUCCGUCUCCCACAGGAACGAGAAGUUCAAAACAAAAGUACAAAGCAAAUGCAAGCAUCUUUUGCACUUUCCAGCCAUUUUGAAACUAAAGAUGAGCAUGUGCAAAGGGAAAUUGCUACUCUCCAUCUGUAAAACAGGCAUGCGGUACCUAAUUUGGGCUGGCACAUUUAGCAACCUCUCCUGAGCUCUGGCAAUUUUUCAUCAAGGGCUUGUGUCGCUCUGGGGACUUCCUGUAUGGUGGGAAAUGAGAGAUGAACAAGCCCCUUCUGCAUCUCGGUUGUGGUGGCAAGGCUUCCUCCCUGCCCGCCCCCCUCCCGUCCCCGGAUUGCGGAAGGAAAUGUGAAGUUAAGUCAUACCGGUGAAGUACGUAGGGCAGGAUUAAAGGCACACCUAACCCCCGCAGGAGGUCUUCACGGGGGAGAAGGUGAGAGCUGAACUUCACGAUGGAUGCGGAUGCCGCCGAGAUGUUGGAUGACUUUGUAUCAGGGCCGCUGGUCACUUGGAUGCAAACCUUGGAAAGUCUGAUGAACUCAAGGUCUGAUCAGCCCCAUUUCUCCCAGGAGAAGAGACACGAAUGCCCCAAAGAAUAUUUCCUCGGACUGAUCAGUGGGGACUUCCUCAUCCAUACCAUGGAAAUUAUAGACCAGAUUCCCGGGGGAGGGCGACCUCCGUGGAAUGAACAGACUGACGAGGCGCGCAGGUUGCAAAUGCUCCAGACCCUCGUGCGGCGGCUACGUGGCUUUUACCAGAAUGAUCUGCAGCAACUGAUUCUUUCGCCCCCUCCUAACAUACAUCUUCUGGCUCGAGAUCCCCUCACAGUACAGGCCAUGACGGAGAUGAGGAAGCUGGUCCUGCUCCUGCUGGGAAGUGCUGUCCAGUGUGAACGGCGAGAUGAGAUAAUCGGCCUUAUUCAGACGCUGGACAUCCACACCCAGGCCGCCUUGGCUUCCGCUAUCCAAGAGGUGACCCAGGAGCCUGAGAACAUGCUGAGGACGCACUGGAAGGAACUAGGCCCUGCUGAGAUGGAGCAGCUCCUCCGGGACGUGAUGUCCCGGAUUUGCAAGCUGGCGCACGAGCGAGAUGCUGGCUUGGAGAAAUUGUGGGAGCUGCAGCAAGCCAGGGAAAUGGAUCUCGUUCCCCCACCAGAGAACAGCCGCCCGCAUUUUGGAGUGCAGCUGGCCGAAACCCGGGCCCAGGUGCGGCGUCUGCAGCAAGAGCUGGAAGAGAAGUUGGAGGAACUGCUAGAUCAGCAGGAUGAGCUGAAAGAUCUGGAAGGACAACUUCAAAAACUGCGGCAAGAGAACCGGGCUUUAGCCGGGGAGGCCCGCCUGGCCACCCUGUACCGCGAUGAACUGGAUGCCCUGCGGGAGAAGGCGCUCCGCACAGAACGGCUCCAGGCAGAGCUGGCGGCCUUGAGAGAACGGCUGCCCGGCCUGGAGCGCUGCCGUGCCCAGCUGAAGGAGGAGCGCGAGUUCUCCCAGGCCUUGCUGGAGACGAAAGCCAUGCUGGAGGGGCAGCUGGAGUCGGCUCAUGCGCGGGGGCAGCGCCUGAACCAGCUGGAGAAGGAGGCGCUGCAUCUCCAGAGCCGCUUGAACCAGGCGCAGGAGGAACGGGACCAGCUUCACCACCAGGCAGAGGAGCUUCUGCGAGAAAACGUGGCCCUGGAGAGGAAGCUGAGGCGAAGUUUCGGGGAGUCCCUCGACAUACUCCGGACAGAGGAACUGGAGUGCGACUGGGCCCCCAGCGAACUUCCCGAGGUGCCCGAUGCGUUGAGCUAUGAGGCGCAGGAGGCGGGGCGGUUGGUGGCCUUGGAGCGGGAGAACCAGGAGCUGCGCCGGAAACUGCAGGAGGCACUGGAGAACCCCACCGAGACCAGGAGCGUGGAUGCGGCGCUGAAGGCCACACUCCGUGAUGGGGAGCAAAGCCAGGUGGACCUGGAGGCGGGAGAGCAGGCCUCAGAGACUGGAGGAGGCCUGCCGGAAGCCCUGAAGCAGCCCGGAAGCAGCCAGGAAGAGCUGGCCUCAGGAACUGGGGAGAGGCAGGCCCUCGACCCAGCAGCCGAGGCCAAGGUGGCAGGACUGGAGGCGGCCCUGGCAGAGGCCUGGGCUCGGCUGGCGGAGGCCGAACAGCUCCGGGAGGCAGAGUCCCACCGAGCAUCGGGCCUUGAGGACAGGCUGCGGGGCCUGGAGCGGGCGCAGGCCGAGGCUCGGCAGAAGCAGGCGCACGAGCAAGAGCAGUGGCGCGGGGAGGCCGAGCGCCUGGCGGACGAGGUCCUGGCUUUGGAGCGCGAGCGGGAGGCCCUGAGGGCUGGGUCCCAGGCCUUGCAGGCUGCGGCAACCCAGGCCGAGCUGGAGCUGGGGGAGGCCCGGCAGAGGCUGCAAAGCGAACAGCUGCACGCGGCCCAGCUGGCCCAGGAGGCCCAGCGGGCCGCGGAGGACUUGGGAGAGGCCCGGCGGGAGAGCGAGGCCCUGCAGCGCAGCCUGGAGCAGCACAAGGCCGUCCUGGCCCGGCUGGAAGCGGAGAAGGGGGCCUUGGAGGAGUCGCUGGCCCAGGCCGAGGAGCGGCAGCGGCAGUCGGACAAGGAGAGCCGGCGCCUGAAGGCCCAGGCCCAGGCCCAGGCAGAGGCACUGGCGGAUCAGGGCCUGUGCCUCGUCCAGCUGGAGGCCCAACUGCAGCAGCACCAGGGGGCUGAGCUAAGCAGCCUGCGGGAGGCUACGCAGCGCCUCGGGGCACGGGAACAGGAAGCCGCUGGCCGGGAAGAACUCCCCCUCACCAAGUGCGAUGCUCCAGCCGUCCUGGAGGAGGAACUCCAGAAGGAAAAGGAGAAGGGGAAGGAGGGAGAAGCUGCUCUGGUUCAGGUGAAGGAGCAGCUACUGAAGAAGGAAAAGAGGGGAGAGGCGGACGUGGAAGACAGGAAGUCCAGGGAAGAAAAGCAAGAGGGGCUUUCGGUAGGGAAGGCGGUGCUGGAGGAGGAGCACAGCUCGCUCGGGAAGCAGCCCGAAGAACCGCAGGCUCUUCAGCGGCGGAGCACGAGCCCUCCGGCAAAGAGCGGCGGGGCGCUCCCGCUGCUUUUGGAAGCGCUCCCUGGGACCCAGAAAGAACUGAGCUCCAACCUCCGGGCGAAUCCAGGGAGUGAGGCCCUGAGCACGCGGCUGAUCGAAGUGGAACGCCAGAACGCCGUCCUGCAGGCCGAGAAAUCGGCCCUGUCGGGGCGUGUGGGUCAACUGGAGUCUCAGCUCAGCAGCCUCCAGGGAGCCCUUCUGGGCCUGCAAGGCCGAAGCUCCGAGGCGAAGGAGGAGAACGGGCGGUGGCAGGCUCAGAACAGCGCCCUGCAGGUGGAGGCCGCAUCCUUGCGUUCCCGGCAGGCCUUGCUGGAAUCCCAGCUCUCGGAGCUGCGGCAGAGGCUGGUGCUCCUGGAGAGCGAAGCCCGGGGAGCCCAGCAGGAGCGGGAGCAGUGGCGGGGACGCCACGAGGCCCUCCUGCGAGACCACGACCGCCUGACAGUGCUGCACGAGCGGCAGGCAGCUGAUCUGGAAGGGCUCAUGGGCAAGCACACCAGCCUCAAGGCGUCCCUGCGCAGCCUGGAGCACGAGUACCGCGAUCUGAAGGGCAGGCACGACCAGCUGUUGGGGGAGAAAACCGGCCUUGAGCAGCGGGAAGAGGCCCUGCGGGCCCAAAAGAAGAACCUGGGAGAGGCUGAACUGCAACAUCGGCAGCUGGUGGAGCGGCACCACAACCUGGAGGAGGAGCAUGAGCGGGUGAAACAGAAGCUGGGGCAGAUGGAAAGGGCGCGGGACGACCUGCAGGGAGAGCUUCAGGGAAUGCGGAACCGAGUCACAGGUCUGCAGCUGGAGCAGGCGAGGCUGGAAGCGGAGAGCGCCACCCUGAAGGAGCAGAACCAACAGCUGGACAUGGCGCUGGGGCGCCUGAGCACCCAGUGUGAACUUCUUGCCCAGCUGAAGGGGAACCAGGAGGAGGAGAACCGACACCUUUUUCAAGAGACUCAGGCGCUGAGCAGGGAAAACAGGCGCCUGCUGGAGCAUAGCAUGGAGAGUCGGGAGCAGUUCCAGGAGGAGCAACGCCAGUACCUCGACAAACUGGGUGAGCUACGUCGGGAGAAGCAGAAACUGGUAGAGAAAAUCAUGGACCAGUACCGGGUACUGGAACCGUCACUUCCUCGUGGCAAGAAAGGUAACUGGCUUUCUGAGAAGUUCAAGAAGCUAAUGAAACCUCGUCGAGAGAGCCCACGGGAGCAGAUUCGCCCCAUGGCCGAAGGAGCUGGCAGCAGUGAAAGCCUGACAGGGCAAGAGGGACCCAGGACUGAUGGGUCGAGCUCACCGGCCCCUCUCUGCAAAGCCAGCAGCACGGUCAGCCUGGCGGAUGCCCAGCAAAUGCACCUCCGACGCUGCAGGCUGAGCUCCCGCAUGCCCGCCGUGGACUCCCCAGGGGACGGAGAGGGACAGGACACCCCCCGCCAGCGCUUCCGCCAGCGCCGGCUCGGCAUGCUGGGGGGCUCCCAGGAAGAAGCCAUCAUCGCUGCGGCCGAGUGGGAGGUCCCCCGGCAGAGUUCGACCAGCAGCCAGGAAGAGAGAGGGCCGCCAUUGGGCGAGGAAGAGCAAAGCCCAAAGCGCCAGCAUUGAUGGAGAGCAAUGACCCCCCUUCCAGCUUCCCAGCCCAAACUCCUGGGAACCUUCCAUGGCCAGGAAGUGCCCUUCCGUUCCCCCCGGUGCCCCCAGCAACAAAUGCAGAGCACAGCAUCUGGCGUGGAAGAACAUCUGGGUGCUUGUGAACGCCACAUGCUCUGUUGGAUGGAGGGUAGCGACCCCCAGUGCAUCCAGCAGGGGCCACACACUUGUGUGCGCAAAGGUGCCAGCGACCCGGUCAUCCCGAGAAGGCUGCCUCCAAAUGAGGUUCCAUUUAGACAUCCCGGCCGAGUCAGAGACUCCGUGCAAAUUCUGCAGCUUGAAUGCUUCCCAGUCUGGCAGCCGCCUCUUUGGUCCCCGGCUUGUUCUUCCCAAGGCCUGCCUGCUCCAUUGAAACGGGACGAAAGGAGGACUUGGCGAGCGCUUUUCCAGGAGACCCAAUCCCCACCAUCGCUGGAGAAGACCGUCCUGCUAGGGAAAGUCGAAGCCAUAAGAAGAGGAAGGCCAAACAUGCGAUGGAUCAGUUCCAUCAGAGAAACCACUGCUUUGCAUUGGCGAGAGCUGAGCUGGCCAGAUGUGCUUCUCGCUGCAUUUGGCAUUGCAUGAUUGAAUCUUGUUCGGCCAGCACCCGGCGCAAGCCCCGCCUUGAUUCAGGCCAGGGCUGUGGCGGAAAACGGAUAUAGGUCUUUGCUCCCACUACAGUUGUGAGCAGAAUUAUACACCCAUAAAUACACACACACCUCCACACAGUAAUUUGCAACAGAAGGAACUCGUGUUUAUCAGUUUUCCCCCAUGUACCACCCCCUAAAUGUAUUUAACUACAACUCCCAGCAUGCUGAGAGUUUCAAUCCAACUC